AUGCCAGCAAUGAUAGACAAGGUUCACGAGAUCAAAACCUCGGAGCUGAGACUCUACCAGCCUAACGUCGAAGAGGUAUCAAACGAGGAGCAGCCUUACAAGCUCUGCCUUCUCUCUCACAGCCUAGGCGGAGCCGCGGUUCUCAUGUACAUAGUCACACGUAGAAUCGAAGAGAAACCUCACAGACUCUCAAGACUCAUCUUGCUUUCCCCUGCCGGGUUUCACGACGACACCAGCCUCUGUUUCUCGUUGUUGCAAUACGUAUUCCUUCUCUCGAAACCGAUAAUGCCCCGGUUUGUUCCGGCUUUCUACAUCCCCACAAGGUUCUUCAGGAUGCUUCUCAACAAGCUAGUUCGAGACUUGCAUAACUAUCCGGCUGUUGGUGGACUGGUCCAGACGCUGAUGGGUAAUGUGAUUGGAGGAGACAGCUCGGACUGGGUCGGAGCCAUGGGUUUGCCUCACUACAACAUGAACGACAUGCCGGGGAUAUCCUUCAACUUGUGUCUGCACCUUGUUCAGAUCAAACGCAGUGGCAAGUUUAAGAUGUUUGAUUACGGCAGCGUUUCAGCUAACAUGGAGGUUUACGGGUCGCCUGAGCCGCUCGAUCUUGGGGAGUUUUACGGUUUGAUCGAUGUGCCGGUGGAUGUUGUAGCCGGGAAGAAAGAUAAAAUCAUCAGGCCUUCAAAUGUUAGGAAACAUUACAGGGUGAUGAGAGAGUCAGGUGUUGCUGAUGUUUCUUACAAAGAGUUUGAGUAUGCUCAUUUGGAUUUUACCUUCUCUCACCGUGAAGAGCUUUUGGCCUAUGUAAUGUCUCGGCUGCUGCUUGUGGAGCCGGCGCAGACUCAGACGGUUAAGAAGAAGGGGAUGAAGCUGAAAAAGAAAAUGGAGGCAGCCAAAGCGAGUCAUCUAUAUGAAGUAUGA